GGUGCUCCUCGGUGAGCCCGCGGUGCCGAUGGAGGGCGGCAAGUGGACGGUUCCUCCCACAGAUGCAAACCUCAAUUGCAUCAGCCAGGAGUACCUCUAUGAGGACAUCCUCGAGGCGACCGAGAACCUGUCGCCUUCGAGUCGGCUGGGUGAGGGCACAUACGGCUCGGUGUUCCGGGGCAUGCUUCGUGACGGCACAGAGGUCGCGGUCAAGCACCUCGGACGCCCUCAUGAGGCCGGCUUCCGCGAGGAGGUGGAGGUGCUGAGCAGGUUCCGGCACCCGAACCUCGUGAUCCUCAUGGGCUUCGCGCGCCACGCCCGCGAGCGCUAGCCGGGUCUACGAGCUGCUCCCAGGCGGGGACGUCUGCGCGCGGCUGCAGCGCGACGUGUCCUUCAGGCGGC